AUGGGUGCCUGGGUGUGGACGUCGACAAACCGUAAUCUUAUCGACGUGUUGUUAGAAGAGGGGAGGAUAGCACACCGUCAUUUAGACCAUAUCAGGACUAGGAAGCAUCGGCCUGAUGCGGAACAAACACCGGAGCCAACAGGUGGGCUCCGGAUGGAAGCGAGGGCUUGUAAGCAGGUCCAAAUUCUUCAGAGUGCCUACACCGGUCAGCAAGGGAGUCAAGGCCGGUCGAACGCUGCUAAGCUGGAAUUGGCUAACCAUGUUGGUCACGUGUUCCGAACGAAGUCACCCUAUUCCAUCCAAAACAACACAGGCCACACGCUCAGGCGCAAUCUUGUUCGACUCGCUGAGGUUUGGAUGGACGAAUACAAAGGUUAUUUCUACGAAAGAUUCAACUUCAAGCUGCUCCAGUGCCUAGUGCCGGGAAAAAAGACUCACAGAAGGGAACACAACGGCCACACUUCGAACAAGCAUAAAUCUCUGUUCUAUUUACCCAACUUACCGCGCUAUUUCAUACUUCAGGGCGAAUACGGUGAUGUAUCGGAUCGCAAGGCCCUCCGGGAACGUCUAAAAUGCCAGUCGUUCAAAUGGUAUCUAAACAAUGUAUUCCCAGAGUUGUUCGUCCCGUCCAAUUCCUUGGCUAAUGGAGACGUAAGUUCACAUGCGGUUUGUGAUGUGUACCAUCCCCGGUCGAAUGAAACGCAACUUGGCGAAUAUACACUCAUUUGCAAACUCAUCUGGUUUAUCGAGAGACUCACCUGGAACCCAGUCGAACCUCUCUUUUGUGAUGUGAUGUUGCCCCUGAAUGUGCCGCACCAGGCUGCCUCUUGUUUCAGUUGCUACGAUGUUCGAGAUAUCGCGAUACAUAUCGAAAGUUUCAAAAUGGCCAUUUGUCUAGACGCGUCAGCCGAUGAUCACCAGCCAAAACUGCACCUCCUACGUGGCUAUCCAUGCCAUCGUCUGGGUGGAAAUCAGCUCUGGUACUGGACACCCAGUAAGGAAAUCCGACGUGACAGCAGAUGUUGGUCGGUGGAUGAAGCCAAAGGCGUUAUUGGCAUGGCGAAAUGUGGUGGAACGGACAGACAAAAGUUUGAUUAUACAGAGAUGGCCAAAUUUCCUGUCCUAUAUAUGCAUCUAUCUAUCUAUCGAUCUAUCUAUCUAUCGAUCUAUCUAUCUAUCGAUCUAUCUAUCUAUCGAUCUAUCUAUCUAUCGAUCUAUCUAUCUAUCGAUCUAUCUAUCUAUCGAUCUAUCUAUCUAUCGAUCUAUCUAUCUAUCGAUCUAUCUAUCUAUCGAUCUAUCUAUCUAUCGAUCUAUCUAUCUAUCGAUCUAUCUAUCUAUCGAUCUAUCUAUCUAUCGAUCUAUCUAUCUAUCGAUCUAUCUAUCUAUCGAUCUAUCUAUCUAUCGAUCUAUCUAUCUAUCGAUCUAUCUAUCUAUCGAUCUAUCUAUCUAUCGAUCUAUCUAUCUAUCGAUCUAUCUAUCUAUCGAUCUAUCUAUCUAUCGAUCUAUCUAUCUAUCGAUCUAUCUAUCUAUCGAUCUAUCUAUCUAUCGAUCUAUCUAUCUAUCGAUCUAUCUAUCUAUCGAUCUAUCUAUCUAUCGAUCUAUCUAUCUAUCGAUCUAUCUAUCUAUCGAUCUAUCUAUCUAUCGAUCUAUCUAUCUAUCGAUCUAUCUAUCUAUCGAUCUAUCUAUCUAUCGAUCUAUCUAUCUAUCGAUCUAUCUAUCUAUCGAUCUAUCUAUCUAUCGAUCUAUCUAUCUAUCGAUCUAUCUAUCUAUCGAUCUAUCUAUCUAUCGAUCUAUCUAUCUAUCGAUCUAUCUAUCUAUCGAUCUAUCUAUCUAUCGAUCUAUCUAUCUAUCGAUCUAUCUAUCUAUCGAUCUAUCUAUCUAUCGAUCUAUCUAUCUAUCGAUCUAUCUAUCUAUCGAUCUAUCUAUCUAUCGAUCUAUCUAUCUAUCGAUCUAUCUAUCUAUCGAUCUAUCUAUCUAUCGAUCUAUCUAUCUAUCGAUCUAUCUAUCUAUCGAUCUAUCUAUCUAUCGAUCUAUCUAUCUAUCGAUCUAUCUAUCUAUCGAUCUAUCUAUCUAUCGAUCUAUCUAUCUAUCGAUCUAUCUAUCUAUCGAUCUAUCUAUCUAUCGAUCUAUCUAUCUAUCGAUCUAUCUAUCUAUCGAUCUAUCUAUCUAUCGAUCUAUCUAUCUAUCGAUCUAUCUAUCUAUCGAUCUAUCUAUCUAUCGAUCUAUCUAUCUAUCGAUCUAUCUAUCUAUCGAUCUAUCUAUCUAUCGAUCUAUCUAUCUAUCGAUCUAUCUAUCUAUCGAUCUAUCUAUCUAUCGAUCUAUCUAUCUAUCUAUCCUGGAAUCCUUUUAGGGCGUGAAGGCAGAUUGAUAUACAAGGGUAAAUGCGUGGAGAUCUCGGACAACCAAGUGGAUGUCUAUUUGGCCGAAUGUAAAGGAACAUUCAAUCAACUGUGGAAGUUCUCACGCAAGCCGGUUCAACCCCCAACAAGUUCAACACUAUCGCCUGUAUAUAUGGCG